CUCUUAAUGCAGAUACUGGAUUCAGGAUCGAAUUCCAGUAGAGUGCCCGGCCCAGGUGUGGCCUUUUGUUCUCUGGGCGCACACUUUAACACCUUAACCGCGCUCCAAAGCCCUGAACAAAGUAUACACAGGUUCGCCACAGCUUCCAACGAUUAUUCGGCAUCAAAUAGGAUCGUUGUGGUUGACUUUAAUGAGGAAAAUAACUCAAUAUCGCUAUUUGCACAGUCGUCACCAACGCAUCCCAUUAAACAGCUGCUUGAUUUCGAUGAUCAGCAGGGAAGAUUAAGAUUCUUAGCAUCUGUACGUGAGUUGGAUCCCAAUGCUGGUUUUGUACGUGUUCUAGAAUUAGACAAUAGGACAUCUGAACUUAAAGUAGUCGCUACCACUGAGCCUCUAGCCACGGCUAUCACAGCCAUUGCCAUAACCCAAGAUUCGAAAAGAAGCCCAGGAUAUCGUAUAGCUGUAGUUCACCCAGAAUCAGUUGCACUCCUGGAGUUAAGAGCUGCAAAGUUGGAGCAAAGCGCCCGAUACGAGCUGAAUUCAAAGACAAAAACAACAAUAGAGAAUAGCCAACAGCUAUAUAGUCACAGAUUUAUCACAGGGAAGUUUGAUCCACAUCAUAAGGACAUCUUCGCUUGCGCCUGCGAAAACGGAUUCCGUCUGUUCGAUUGGCGACAAUUAGAAGCCAAUUUCUAUGUUGGCAGAGGUAAUUGCCAUACUACCGGUGUUGUAAAUAUAGACUUUAACCCAAAUGUGCCUAACGAGCUUGCAACUGCGGGUGACGACGGUAAAAUCGCAUUCUGGGACCUUAGGUCGACAACUGAGCCCAUAGAAGUACUGGAGGGAUACCACAAAAACAGCGUGCAGUAUGCACUAUUUAACUCGUUCCACGACAAUCUAAUGCUCUCUGGUGGACCGAGCGCAACGUUGUUGAACGUCAGGAAUACUGAACCCAAAUUAGUACACCAAACCAGCUUUACCAGUAGAGCUGGUGCUUGGAGCUUAACCGACGCAUGGCAUUUUGCCGCACUUGUAGGGAACAACAUAGUAGUGGAAUCGAUACCUAGUGCGCUUAAAUAUAAGCUGCUGCUCUGACGAUGUACGUGGUAUAAGGUAUUGAUUCUG